AUGAACUUUGCACCGUAUCAAGAUCAAUCACCGGAGCUUGAGCGCGCCCUAUCCCCUCCCCACCUAGAUAGUCACCGGAUUUCCCCAAUCCUCCGCUCACCGCGGGCCUCGGCCGAUCUACCCUCCCCCAGUUACUUUGCUGGCGGCGGGCAUGGAAACAUAGGAUCUGGGCGAGAUGUCGAGAGUGGCCAUGUGAGCCUAGGGGCUUUUGAAACAAGUCUUCCCAUUCGCAUGGAUGUCGAAGCAGCGCUGGCGUAUCUGCUUCUGCCUCCCGCGGGGGGUGUAUUCCUGCUACUAGCUGAACACAAGAGCGACUAUGUGCGAUUUCAUGCUUGGCAAUCGAGCAUGCUAUUUGCUACCAUGUUUAUAAUCCACCUACUGUUCUGCUGGUCGAGCUUUCUCUCCUGGACAUUGUUUAUUAUCGAUAUUGCUUUAAUCGGCUUCCUCAGCAUGCAUGCUUACCAAGAUGUUGAUACUUUGGACCACUUCGAGGUCCCAUUUUUUGGCCAUCUGGCUAACUCCUUUGUUGAUGAUGAAUGA